AUGGAGAUAAAUACCUAUUUAGCAGCUAACAAGCGUGUAAAUUCCUGGAUAUCAAUUUCACCGUCGUUGUUGGUAUCAGCUUCCUUGAUCAUUUGGUCUACAUCUGCGUCCGACAACUUCUCACCAAUAGAGGUUAAAACGUGUCUCAAUUCAGCAGCACUGAUCUUACCGUCACCAUUUCUGUCAAACACUUUGAAAGCUUCGGCAAUUUCGGCUUCUGAAUCGGUAUCUUUCAUCUUUCUUGCCAUCAUCGUCAAAAAUUCGGGAAAAUCGAUGGAUCCGUCACUAUUGACAUCUACUUCGUUGAUCAUGUCGGUCAAUUCACUCUCGGAUGGGUUCUGUCCAAGCGAUCUCAUCACUGUGCCCAACUCCUUGGUGGUGAUCUUGCCAUCACUGUCCUUGUCAAACAAGGAAAAAGCCUCCUUGAAUUCGGCAAUUUGCUGCUCAGAUAGUUUUUCAGCCUGUGUUAGUCAUUCCAGUUACUUUUUCAGGCUUUUAAACGGGUAUAAAAAGAGGAUUCAUUUCGAUACAAAUUUGGCGAAACGCGAUACACAAAUUUACAAUUGUUACCCUUUAAAAAAAGCGUCCAAAAACAAUCCUGGAGUAUCCACAAGGACUGCUUAA